AGUUUUCCAGUCCUGCUUUCAUUAGAGUCAGAAAGAAACACUGUGUGCACCCAGUGUAAAGACCAAGAGUUAGGAGAUAAUUAGGUGCUCUGGAUCUAAAAAAACGAUGUUUUAAUGAUAAUCUAAGGAACUUUUGGGAUUAAGAGUGGACAUCUUGGGUGUUGUAUGCGGUUCAGCAGGAGAUGGCUGUUCAGGCUGCUAUCAUGAACUCGCAGUUCCUAAAUUUCUGUUUCCCUGGUUCGGUUAUGGAGUACGAGGUGGAGAAGGGUCUGGAUGGGACAUUCCUGGGUGAAGUGGACUGUGAGGGUGACUUCAGGGAGGCGACCAGUGACUUGCUCAGCUUCAUUGACUCUGCUUCCAGUAACAUCAAACUGGCCCUGGAUAAGCCAGUCAAGUCUAAGAGGAAAGUCAACCACCGCAAGUAUCUACAGAAACAGAUCAAAAGAUGCACAGGAAUCAUGGGACUGGGGAAUGGAGCACCUCAGGAGGCUUGCAAAAGUCAUGACUCCACCCCAACUCCAACUAGCAUCAUCCAGAACAAAACUCCCAAGCGGGACGGAACUCAGGCCAACCUGCAGAGCAAAAGUCUGGCUGCUCUCUUCAACCAUGCCAAGGAUUUGCGGGGAGAGAAAACAAAAAAGCCUCCACUGCGACACCGAAACCUGCCGCCAUCCUUCUUCACAGAACCAGCCAACAAUGCCAGAGUUACAUCCACUUCCGGCAUGUCCCUCAAAGAUCUUGAGCGGGGAAAUCCAGAUGCAACAGAAUUUUUUGAGCUCCUGGGGCCUGACUACAGCAACAUGGUCUCUGAGCAGGAACUCUUUCACACCAUGCCGAACAGGGCUCAUGAGCAGGGAACCACAGGACCAGAACCAAUCUCUUUUGACUCCCACAAUUUUGUGACAGGUGGUUUUCUAUAUGCAGAACCAUGGACCACAAGUGCUGGGCUGUCCAAAAAAACAGGGGACAUAAAGACAGUUCAAGGGCAGUCAUCGAUAUAUGGGAACACGGACUCAUCUUGCCCAGUGUCUAUGGAACAGAAUUCGACAUGUUCACUGACCUUCCCAAACUACUUUUCAGACUGCUCUGUGUCCCAGGUCUCGUACGAUCUGGCGAGCGGAUACAGCCGAGGUAGUUUUCCAUCUCUUUAAGUGAAGCAGCUUUUUCGCUUUUAGAAAGAACUUUUUGCAACAAAAAGCUGCAUUGAAGCAAUGUUUAACUAUGCAUCUAUAUGAUGAAUAAUCAGAAGGAAAAAUUUUGGACCAAUUUAUCUGGUGAAAUGAUUGGCUCAGCCUGUGCAGAGGGAUAAUCUUGCUGCUUACUUGAUGUCAGGGACUUUUACAACAAUCUCUAAAAAGUGGAAGUUCUAUCACACCGUAUAUAUGAAAUUGUUACAGGAAUUGAUUAAUAAUUUUUAAAAGUGUUUUCAUAUGCUUGUUCAUUCAGAUGAAGUCACCAUGGAUAGGGUGAGGGAUUUUUUUUUAGAACAUUAUCUCAGGGUGUUAUUUUGCUUGUUUCCAUAUAUUGAAAAAAUAACUAUAAUCAUGUAGUCUGAAAAGAAAAGAAAAAAAGCCCAUUAAAGCAAAGUAAUCACUUUUAACUGUUACAAUUUCUUAGAAAUAAAAGCUACAGGAACUGUGAUUAGAGAAUUAUGUUUUUCAAAUUGAAAUAUGGAAAUAAAGUCAUAUUUUAUAGAGCAAUUUGCCGCUUUCAUAUUCAGAAAGAUGCUUGGCAUCCUCAUGCUUUCCUCAUAAAAAUCUGUCAGUAGUAGGUUUUAUAUAAAAUUCUUGCUUAGUAGCUUGUUCUCUUGGCUCUCUGCAGUACUGAGUUCAUGUUAUUAUUAUUAAGUAUAUAUAUAUUCCUUUAAAUUUGGAAUAAAAGCAAAUCUAAAAGACUGGAAGUAAAGCUUCUUAGACGGGGACUACAAAGUGGAUCUUGGAUUAUCACUACAGUCUAACUUUGGUUUAGGAUAGAAUAUGAGAGUAGAUAUCGGAUAUUUCAAACUCGAGUACAAAUCUGAGUCCAAAAUAUAACACAUUUUAAUGAGUAGUGAAAUAUAGUGAUAUAGUUCUUUAUAUGGCAGAAUGUAUUCGGAACUUAUAAAUUGUUGAAAGCACUGACAACUUGCUUUAUUGUAAAUAACCUCAAACUGUCAAAAGAAAGCAACUAAAAGAUUGUGUGUUAGGUUCUUACACUUGACUGCUCUCUUGCUCUAUUUCACUUCACCUGAUAUGAGCAGUAGGAGCAAUAUGAUUGCAGAACUGACAGUAAAGUGAAGAAAGUGUAAAAAUUCUGCUUGUUCAGAAUGUAAUAAGGCACAAUAAAGCUGGUCUUUAUUUCUCCCAUAAUCCCAUUUUCCUCUGGAUUUACUUUGUGGCUACUGGUGAAUAUUCUACAGUAUUAGGAAUAUGUAGGAAAGUAGGAACUGCACUUUUUAAACUGGAUUGCUGUAUAUAACGUUCAUGAACAUAUAGCUCCCUCUACAGGCUCCAAGUUAAAGUUUAUAUCAUUGCAUAGUAUUUCACUCACUGCUUGUCCGGUUUAGUGUUCACCACACUUGCAAUGUAUAAUUCUGUCUUCUAUGUUUUAAAAGUGAAUGAAUGUAGAUCAUUAAAAAUGAGAAAUUAGAUUAUUUACAGGCAUAG